GCUGUGAGAAAAGCGGCUGCAGACAGAGAGGAGGCUGAGGGGAUCAUUACCGAGGUUGGACACCGAACUGCUGAUAAUGUCGACCACCAGGCUCCUUCAACAUGUGCGAGACCCUCCUAAACCCUCAAGAACAACGUCAGUAAUUUGAAGGUGAUUUUGAGUGUCAUGCCCAUUGCACAGAUUGCGAUUGGGUCAGUGUACCUGCAGGAUUGUCCAAUAAACCACUACAUCCCCAUCUACUUGAUCGUGGCGGGGGUGUUUGUGUUGGUGCUGUAUGUGGUGACCUGCUGUGUGCCGAGCACCCAGGAGGGUGAAGAAGAAGAACCGCCCACCCUGCUGACCCGAUGCUGCAAAUUCCUAUACUUGCUGAUACACCUCUUCUUCUUCUGCUGGUUUAUUACAGGUAACGUGUGGAUCUACUCUGCUUAUCAGCCAGACUACAACAAGAACACAACAAAUAUUGAUCACUACUGCAACAAGACGCUCUACCUGUUUGCCUUCUGGAUCACGACGCUGGUCUACAUUGCCCUGGGUCUGGCUCUGGUCUGCGGCUGCUGCGGCUUCUUUUUGAUUUGCAAACUUCGCUGAAAAAUCUUCAGCGAUGUUUUGAGAGACCAUCCUGAUACGAAGUGACGAGGAGACGGGAUGUGUCUCACACUUCAAGAGUCAAAAAUUUGUUGUUUCAAAAGUGUUAAAGGGGCUGUAUCAUGCAAAAUUCACUUUUUGUAUGUUUUAACCUUGUUAUAUAGCUAUGUACUCACGAAAAACACCCCCAAAGCGUUUUUUUCCUUCGUGC